AUGUUGCGCGCUGGAUCCGUACUUCUACGAUCAUAUCGUGCAGUAACAUCGAAGAAACUAAUCAAUAAUCAGAUUUCUCUUGCUCGAAAAUCAUCGUCAAUAACUGCAACAGAACCGCAUGCAGUAACACCAAUUCCAUCGGUUGGAGUAACACCAAUAGGGGAUUCCAAGGGAAAUUUCAGUAUUAAAUCCCGUAAACAUCAUUUGCUGAUCAAUAGUCGUCCUGAGUUGAAGAAUGCACAAAGAAUAGUGGUGAAACUUGGUAGCGCUGUGAUUACACGAGAAGAUGAGUGCGGUUUGGCACUCGGACGACUUGCCUCAAUCGUUGAACAGGUGGCCGAAUUACAACAAUCUGGUCGUCAAAUGCUCAUAGUCUCAUCUGGAGCGGUAGCGUUCGGAAGGCAGAAAUUACGUCAAGAACUGGUGAUGAGCAUGAGUAUGCGGCAAACGUUGAGAGGUCCGUCUGGAAUGACAGCUGACAAAAGAGCUUGUGCUGCAUCCGGAAUGCCCGGCUUAAUGUCGCUAUAUGAGCAACUUUUCCAACAGUACGGAAUCACUGUUGCUCAGGUUCUUCUCACUAAACCAGACAUCGAUGAUCCACAAAGAAGAAAAAAUCUUCAAGCAACAAUUGAAAGCUUGCUCUCACUUAAUAUUAUACCUAUUGUUAACGCAAACGAUGCAGUUGCUCCAGAUCCAAAGCUGAAUAUGCACAUCUCGGACAACGACUCGCUCGCUGCUCGACUGUCUGCUGAGAUUGAAGCCGAACUGUUGAUAAUACUUUCUAAUGUUAAUGGUGUAUAUACAGGACCACCGGAUAUGGAAGGAUCUCGUCUGCUUCACACGUUUGUACCAUCAGAAAGUGCUGGAGUUGUUUUCGGAGCGAACAGCAAAUUUGGUACAGGUGGUAUGGAAAGCAAGGUAAAUGCAUGUGUGACUGCUCUUGAAAACGGUGUAACAACGUUGAUCACGAAUGGCCUUGCUCAAAACGCUAUUACGGAUGCAGUAUCCGGAAAGAAGAUUGGCACCAUGUUUUGUCGAACUCAUCGCUAUGAAGGACCACCUAUUGACGAGAUCGCAAGCAAAUGCCGAGAUUCCGGCCGCCAACUCGCGUCUCUUAGUAAUGCGGAAAGAGCUGCAAUGGUUCGCCAUCUUGCUGGCUUACUAGUAACGAGGGAAAAUGACAUCAUGGAAGCAAAUCGUCUGGAUUUGAAUAACGCAAAAAGCAGCGGUCUCGAACCACAAUUGUUAAAUAGGCUAAAGAUGACGAAAGCAAAAAUUAUGGAUCUCCACAAUGGAUUAAAUAUGAUUGCGGAAUCGGCCGAAACCUUAAUAGGACGAUGUCUUAGGAAGAUCAAAAUCAGUGACAACUUAUUUCUUGAACAAGUAACUGUUCCUAUUGGAUCACUAAUGGUCAUCUUUGAGUCUCGUCCCGAUUGUCUCCCGCAGGUCGCCUCAUUAGCGAUGGCAUCCGGGAAUUCUCUCCUGCUUAAAGGUGGUAAAGAAGCAGAAGAAAGCAAUCGUAUGCUUCAUAGUAUUGUACAGGAAGCGCUUGGUACGCACGGAUAUGAGAUGCGGGAUGCUGUAACGUUAGUACGAAGUCGUGAAGAUGUUGCGGAACUACUUCAACUUAAGGACCUUAUCGACCUCGUUAUACCUCGUGGAUCGUCCGAUCUCGUUCGAUCAAUGCAAGAGAAGAGUAAAGGUAUUCCUGUCCUAGGACAUGCAGAAGGGAUCUGUCAUGUGUAUUUGGACAAGGAUCUGGAUGAACAGAUGGCCAUCGACAUAGUCAGAGAUUCGAAAUGUGAUUAUCCGUCAGCUUGCAAUGCAGCCGAAACUAUCCUUAUUCACAGGGAUCUCAUCAGUUCAACAUUCUUUGAUCAACUAUGUGGAAUGUUUAAGACGGAAGGAGUGAAACUUCAUGCUGGACCUAAAAUGCAAACAUUGUUGAAGUUCGGUCCUCCCCCAGCUGAAAGUCUUAAAUUCGAGUAUGGAUGCUUGGAAUGCACGCUUGAGGUUGUGGAUAAUGUGGAUGAAGCAAUUGCACAUAUAAUUCGUUACGGAUCUGGACAUACCGAAAGCAUUGUGACCAACAACGACGUCACCGCAGAACAUUUUAUUAAACACGUGGAUAGCGCUUGUACAUUCCAUAAUGCAUCCACGAGAUUUGCGGAUGGAUAUCGAUUUGGUCUUGGCGCUGAAGUCGGGAUCUCCACGGGACGAAUACAUGCACGUGGACCCGUCGGCGUAGAAGGUCUACUGACAACAAAAUGGGUCCUACGUGGAAACGGUCAUACUGUACAAGAUUUUAAGCCAAACGGUCGUUACCAAUAUCAACACGAAGUGAUGAAUCCUGUUGAAGUGUACAGAUCCUUGGAAAAGAUCCAGAAAACGGCAUGA